AUGAGUGAGGACGAAGCCGAAAAGUAUGACGAGAACUUUGUGCCACGCCAGAUUGCAUGGCAGUUUGGAUGCAUAGUUACCCUCAUCCAACCGACCGUUAUACUAAAGCAGGGCUCAAACGUUCGGCCGUCAGAAGAAAGCGCGAUGCGGCUUGUCAGGAAACAGCUCCCAAAUAUACCGGUUCCCGUAGUCGAUGGAUCAUUUUACGAAUGCGACGAGGCCGGCCCUGCGUAUGGCGAGCUAUUGAUGUCCUUCAUUCCGGGAAGGACACUCAAAUCGGCUUGGGCCGAGCUCGAUAAAGCCGUCAAGGACCGCAUCUGUCAGGAUAUAUGGGACCUUGUCGCCCAGAUUCGCAGCAUACCACGUCCAGAUGAUCUAGGUACCAAUCUUUACCGCACCGUCGAUGGCUCUCCAUCUCGGGACCCCCUCCUCGGUUCCAGGCACGACAUUGCCCCGCGCGAUCUGGAUGAUGAUACCCUGCGGGGACGCAUCUGGUCUCGAUACAUUGCUACAAAUGGCCUUUCUUACCGGGACUCGGCGGAUAUCCCAGACACGCUUCCGCGCUCCAGCACAUCGGUUUUCGCCCAUGGCGAUAUCAACCCCCGGAAUAUCAUCGUGGAUGAAAAAUGUCACAUUGUCGGUCUGCUCGAUUGGGAGUCCUCCGGAUGGUUCCCCGACUACUGGGAGUUUGCGCAGAUGAUGAAGUUCUGCGACCCAGCCGAGCACGAAUGGCAGCGCUGGAUGAAGGAGACCAGGCCGGAGCCAUGGGACAUCACAGCCAUACAGAAGGCAAGAAGGGCACCGGCCAAUCUGGGGUUGAUACUCGUAUGUACCGAAUACAUGUGGAUGGACAUGUGCAAUCGCAAGGGAAAGGUCCAAUUGCUGGAAGAAUCACAGCUGGCGCCAGCAGAGCCAACAAGGAGGCUCGAGGGCAAGUAA